AUGUUUCCUCAGGGCGGUUUCGAAGCGUCGACCGAUCAACCGCAACCGCUGCAGAACCUCUUAUCAACUACGUCGAAGUCGCCUAGAAGUGAUCGGUCGUUCAAACUGGUUGCCAUUGCUGAUGUGAAGCUAAAGAGAGAAGAUGUAUGCAGUGCAGUUUUUAAAGAAGGAACGCUCACUCUGAGUUUGGAUAAGAAGAAUGUCACAGUGAAAUGGGAGAGCGAUCCGGAGACGAUCGCCUUGGGUCAGAUCGAGAAAGCUGAAGGGAAAUUUUCGACAAUACUUACGCAAGACAAUUGCUACAUUGCUCCUUACGAUAAAUCCAUAUCUUUGCCAAAGGUCAAUAACGAAAAUUGGAAAGAUUUUUUCGCUAGUGCACGUCGUGGAGCCGGAUAUGGCAGUGGUUACAUGACAUUUGAAGCAGUACAAUGGUCAAGCGCUAAGGAGAUGUGGUAUUUCCUUCCGAGAAAAGCAUCGGAAUCCGCAUUUGAUAAGGAAAAAGAUAAGAAAAAAGGAGCACGAGUCCUGAUCUAUUCUCCAGAUCUGAAAUCAUUUGAUGCGGCUUCCAUUCGUAAUCGUGAAAAUCGUGAACGUAGCUUUACAGCUUUCAACUUCAUCCCCAAUACGAAUGAUGAACUAAUUGCUGCAAUUAAAGUGAAGGAGAAUAGGAGCAGCACCGAGAGCUUCCUCACUGUGUUUGAUGUGACCGACAGGAACACCGUGAUGGAUGACCAGAAGUUCGACGACAAUCAUAAAUUUGAGGCAAUUUACUUUGUUUAA